AAGGCAGGCUUCAAACGUAUCCAGCCAGAAGAAAGUAGAAGUGAACUGUGGGGGAGAGGAAAAAGUUCGCAAGGAGAGGCAGGACAACUCUUGGGAGCCCUGCAGUCUCACUUUAUGCCUCCAAAAUACUUUCUUUCCAGUUUAUUUGCAUCUAGUAAUAUUGCUAUAGUAUUUUCACAAGAAUAACCCAACUUUUUCAAAAUUGAAACGACCAUGGAGCUGCUUUGCCUCGAAGUGGACACCAUCGUCAGAGCUAGUCUUGAUCCGAAUCUUCUGUGUGAUGACAGGGUAUUACAAAGCCUGUUGACCAUUGAAGAACGUUUUCUUCCACAAUGUUCUUAUUUCAAGUGCGUUCAGAAAGAUAUUCAGCCAUUUAUGAGGAGGAUGGUUGCGACUUGGAUGCUGGAGGUUUGUGAAGAACAGAAGUGUGAGGAAGAGGUUUUUCCCUUGGCAAUGAACUACUUGGACAGAUUUUUAGCCGUGGUUCCAACCAGAAAGUGUAAUCUGCAACUUCUUGGAGCAGUUUGCAUGUUCCUUGCAUCCAAACUGAAAGAAACUCGUCCAUUAACUGCAGAGAAACUCUGCAUCUACACAGAUAACUCCAUCAGACCACAGGAGUUGCUGGAGUGGGAGCUGGUGGUGCUGGGGAAGUUGAAGUGGAACCUGGCGGCUGUCACUCCAAAUGACUUCAUAGAGCACAUUGUGAGGAAGCUGCCAUUGCCCGAGGAGAAGUUAGUGCUGAUACGCAAACACGUGCAGACCUUCAUUGCCCUCUGUGCUACAGACUUCAACUUCGCAAUGUACCCCCCGUCCAUGAUCGCCACAGGCAGUGUGGGAGCAGCUAUCUGUGGCCUCCAGUUGGACUCGGGUGACCAGUCACAGUGGGGGGACAGUCUCACAGACCUGCUGGCCAAAAUCACCAACACUGAAGUGGACUGUCUGAAGGAGUGUCAGGAGCAGAUUGAGAGGGUCUUGGUGAGCAGCCUGCGAGAGGGUCGGCAGCAGCAACAACAGCAGCAGCAGGUCCAGCGUGGCCCCAGCAGUAAGACCAUGGACGAGCUGGAUCAGUCCAGCACCCCAACGGAUGUUCGCGACAUCAACUUGUGAGCCUGCAAACUAGAGAAGCAGCGCGUCCGGGAUACGCAUCAAAUCAACAUAAAAAAACGACAAAAAACAAAAACAACAAAAACAAACUACCCCUUGAAAAAAAAUGCUUGCUAAUUUUUUUUAGAGAUUUUUUUAUUUUGUUAUAUAAAAACAUGCGCCCAUGUAUUGUAUGAAAGGAAAGCUAUUUUUAGAUAUAAAAUAGAUAUACUUUAAAAGCUAUAAAUUGAUAUAUGGACGCUCUAUGGUGCCUCAGAUAUACAGAAGGCAAGCCAAUUAUAUGUUGCGUUCUGUUUUUGAUGGUAUAGUCAUGAUAAAGUUAUAUCGACUAAGACAACAAUAGCUUAAUGAGGAGUUCAAAAAUGUUUGGGGAGACCAUUCCGGGCUUGCAUAUAUGGGAUCACAAUCGGGGCAAGGUUUUUCUGUGUUGUUUCGUUAAUUAUUUUGGUUAAUGUUGGUCUGCCAGAGAUAGGAGCCCUGCAAAGGCUCCGCUGGCCGUGAAUGGCAGGUCUCAAUGUGGCAUAGUUUGGCUGUGUGUUGGGGACGAGGGGGGCACUUUGCAGGAAUUGCAGAGUGUUGUGCUAAGAAAGAGACAAGUAGGGUCCAUGGAACAGCCAAGUAUAUAAUAGUGAAUUACAUUAUUAUUAUUAUUAUUAUUAUUAUUAUUCAGAAACGUAUUUGUGAAUACAGAGUAAUAGACGUCAAUAAGCUCUUUUUGUCAGGCUGAUUGUUGUGUGUGUGUGUGUGUGUGUGUGUGGUGUAACUGCCAUGAUGUGAGUUUUGUAUCAGCUCAACUGUGUGUGUGUGUGUGUGUGUGGCUUGGCGCUUGAGUGGAAAGACUAGACUAGUGGUAGACUAUGGAACAGGCAGAAGACUCAUUCUCUGCAGGGCAUCUAUGUUAUAUCACUGCCUUAAGUUAAUAUGCGUUGUCGGCCGACAAAAAGCUGGGGGUCUGAGUCCACUUAGAGAGAGAGAGAGAGAGAGAGAGAGAGAGAGAGAGAGAGAGAGAGAGAGAGAGAGAGAGAGAGAGAGAGAGAGAGAGAGAGAGAGAGAGAGAGAGAGAGAGAGAGAGAGAGAGAGAGAGAGAGAGAGAGAGAGAGAGAGAGAGAGAGAGAGAGAGAGAGAGAGAGAGAGAGAGAGAGAGAGAGAGGCGGCUGUGUUCCCUCAUUUUUGUCUAGAGGAGUUUGGCAAUGGACCAUCUGCUUUCAGAAGUUUCAUUCGAGGUGUUUGUGUUUUUCACUGCCAACAUACCAAUCAAAUAGUGUUUGUAUUUUUAUGUUGUUGUUGAGUUUUUUUGUUAUUUUGUUAUGGAAGGAGCUUCAGGCUGCUUAGCGUCAGCAGGGAGGAGUGUGUGCCCCUCUUGAUGGUACAUUAGUAUCUCAGAGGAGAGGGGAGGCCUGUGGUCUGUGGUGGUUGUAUGGGGUCUGGGGGGUGGACAGGUAUAGAUGGAAAGAAAGGGUUUGUUGCAGUGCAGAAGCAUGUUGCUGUGUAGAGGAAGGAGAUGUAGUGGAGUUGCUGAAAGAUACAGGAGAGGAGCCUAAUGGCCUCAUGACAUCUAUCUGAUUUCUGCGUUUUGGGCAGACUGAGGCCACGGGUGGCAAAUUAGGAUCAAAACUAGACUCAUUAUUUGAGAAUUAACUUUCUGGGUUCAUUAGAAGAGAGGAAAAUGUAUUGGAGCAGGGGAAGAUUUGUGAUCAAUGCAUCUGUAGUCCCUCAUAGAGUUGUUUCCAACGCGCCUGUGAUUUCAACAGCAAAGCACUUUGAAAACACGCUCCCCAAUGGACAAAUGAAAUGGUUACGGUGUGGGGGAUCUAUGGAUGCUUUCUGUUUUCUCGUUAGCUUUUACUUUGUAGGGCUGGUUUCCCACAUUCAGAUGUACCCACUUGGCAAGCAGGUGUCAAAAUCAUGCCUAACACCUUAUGACAUGAGGACAUUCCGAUCUGAAAACAUUCCGAAAUAAAGAAAAGUGCAAGGUGAAAGGAGCGUCUGACCAUUUUUCAUGUGUUUUAACAAAUAACCAAUGCCAAUUUUUAAAGAAAAAGGCUACAGACAAGGUUAAUGAUUCAGUUUUUAUUUGAGAAGUUAUCACAUUAUAAAAUAUUAGUUCUACUUGAAUUUUCUAUUUGACCUGCUUCACAACAACAACAUAAAGUCACAUGGGUGGGAACAAUACAGAAAACGUUAUCAUAGAACAUCAGGUGUUCUGAGGGCAAAUGAGGUUUUCUUUCAAAAAGGAUGAAGCUGUUCUAUGUUCAACGCUACCUUAUUGAUGGUUUUGCUAGUAGAGCCUGGCCUGUUGUCUUCGGGUGAUGCCCUGUGUGGCUGUGCUGUCCCCGAGGCUGUGCUGUCCCCGAGGCUGUGCAGGCCUGACUGAUGUCUGUGAAUCAGUAGUGAUAAAACUCUAUGAGAGUUCUAACUCUUCGUGUACCCCUCUCGUCCAGUGAGAUAUGCUGCUUCAGUCACUUCAUUGGCAUGGGGUUUGAUCAGUCACUCAGACGUCAGAAUUAGACUAAUUCACUUCCAAGACUGACACAGGGUACAUCACCAGCACAAGACAGCCUUGAUCGCGCAAUAUUCUCAUUGCUACAUUUAAAGGUGGAUCGAGGUUUUGUGGUGUGUUUUUGUUCUUCGCGUGUGUGUGUGUGUGUGUGUGUGUGUGUGUGUGUGUGUGUGUGUGUGUGUGUGUGUGUGUGUGUGUGUGUGUGUGUGUGUGUGUGUGUGUGUGUGUGUGUGUGUGUGUGUGUGUGUGUGUGUGUGUGUGUGUGUACGUUUGUUUGUGUACGUUUGUUUGUGUUUGCAUGUGUGGUAGGUAUGAGGGGAAAAUGAGGAUUCAGUGUUUUAGCAGGCUACUCAAAAUAAAUGUUUUUCAGGAAAACGUUUUCUAGAAACCAAUCUUAUAAACAAGGCCAUCUUCAACCUCACCAAAACUAGCCCCUGUUCAUCAUUGUCAAGGAUGUCUGCCCUUUCUUUUCCUCUGCAAGCUCUAUUCUGAGCAUAGAUGAUGAUUUGUUUGUUUUUACAAAGUAGUUGACUGUGUUAGGUUUGAAUUUGUAUUUAGACCACCUUCAAUUUGUGUUUUGUUUUAUUUUAUGGGGUGUCCAGACCCUCAAAACAGUUUGUAGAGUGUUUGUAAGGGGUUAGAUACUGUAUUCCAAAGUGAAGAGAGAUGGAGGAGGUGUCAAGACAUCAAAGUGUCAAUAUUUUUAUUGAGUUAUUAUUAUUGUCUUUUCGCGCUGCUAAAAGCUAUGAUUUUGUUUCAUUCUUAUAUACAAAAAAAAUGACAUUACUUAGUUGUGAUGUGUCACUUGAGUGUGCUGCUAUUUUAUAAACAUUUGUAUUAUAAUAUAAUUAUUUUACUGCUUAAGAGAUACAUUCAGAAUACUGAAGUAGAUGGUAAUAGAAGAACAUGACAUGAGUAUUCGACUGGAAAUGUUCUUUGUACAGUUUGCUUAGAUAGCAUGUUUCUUUUCCUUUUGGUCUAUUUUGCUCUACUUUCUCAGUCACAUUGCGGUAUCUCUAUACCUCAGGUUUACUGGACAUAAAAAGAAUAUCUGAAUACCUCACAACUCUACAGUUUUUAGGGAGCCUGGGAAGGGUAACAGUACAGUAGAAAGCACAGGGGUUUUGUCUGUUGUGAAAUGUACUGACCUUGUUGAGUGGCAAGCAUGCAAGGCUCCCGCCUGGACUUAAACCCUAGUGGAGGGUGCACAACAACAAGUCAACACUUCCUUGGUCAGUUUAAGUUGAUGGUGGUGCUAAUUGUGAGACUCAUGUGACAGUCAUUGCAAAGACAAAUGUGAAAAUGUCUCAAAUGUCAUUGAUGAUUAAUUACAUGGUUUGUUCCAAUUAUUGUCGAUGGAUUUUGGUUCCUAAGCUUGAUUUGAUGAGCUUAGUUGACCUGUGUGUUCCAGGUGGUCCUAUUGUCUGGAAAACCAAUACAAAAUGGCUAAACCAAUCCAUCAAAAAAGCUCACCACAUACUGCAUCUGACAUGAGGAAGUGUGUUUCAACAGCGGGGAUUUCGCUUUAGUUGUCCCCCUUCCACUAGAAGUUACAUAAUGUACCUCAGAAAUGUCUGUUGCACAACCUCUGUUCAAUAAACUUCUGCUUUAAAGAGUCUGACACCAUACCAGUCCAAUGUUAUUCUAAUUUCUGUUUUCUUUUUGUAUGUCAUUAUGGUUAGUGGAGCAGAUUGUAGGAUGUGAUUGUGUACAUAAAGUGAGGUGAACACUAGAGGUUGCUGUAGUCAUGAAACCAAGAGGACUGGAGAGCUGUUAAGUGGAGUGGAGCUGAGAUUGUGGGGCAACUGAGGAUACUGCAGUCUGGUUAAGGGCAAAAAAACAACAACGAAUUAAAACAAAAGUUAAGAAGACGGACCCCCUGCUUGAAUACCAACCAAAACUUGCUAUUAAGAAUGUGUUUAUUUCUGUUGCUUCCCCUGUAUGACGUCCUCUGAAGUGUUAACACACUAAUCAGUCAGGUUUCAAGCAAGUGGGAUAUUGGUGUCUGUCAGAGUUUGUCCUCUGACUCUGGGGCCCUAAGGCACUCUUAUGCAGCUUCUUGUUGGGCUGUUUUUUAGGGGGGCUGGAUCAUGUAGGCCUAGUAAGUGAAUAAGUUGGUUUCGAAGUUAGCGUUGAAUUCAGUAUUGAUAACUUCUGUUUAUGAUUAAUCAGCUCUUUAUUGGUCUGUCUGAAAGGAUCCCUUAAAGUGUUAAGGGUCAAGGCAUGCUGUACAAUCAAUAAACUUACCAUGAAUUAAA